AUGCAAGCAAUGGGGUUAUCAGUAGCAGUUUCAGUUCCAUUUUACCAUUCCAGAUUAUGCAUCAAUGCCUCUCCUCAUCCACCCAUUCCCCUCAAUUUGAAUCAUGGCUUUUCCAAAUCACUUACAUUCAGGGACAGACUAACUCGUGGGAAGAGUAGCUAUGUCAUUCGUUCCCAAAAGAAUCGUGACGAUGAUGGUGAUGUCGAUGGAUUUUACAUGAGGAAAAGCGUUGAGCUCGCCAGAAAGGCUUUGGGGUGUACAAGCCCCAAUCCUUUAGUUGGAUGUGUUAUUGUCAAAGAUGGUCAAAUUGUUGGCCAAGGUUUUCAUCCUAAACCUGGUCAACCUCAUGCUGAGGUGUUUGCUCUGAGAGAUGCUGCUGAUUUGGACGAGAAUGCAACGGCGUAUGUCACUUUAGAACCUUGUAAUCAUUUUGGGAGGACUCCGCCUUGCAUUGAAGUUCUCAUUAAAGCUAGACUUAAAAAGGUUGUUGUUGGGAUGGUGGAUCCAAAUCCUAUCGUGGCUUCCAAAGGGUUAGAUAGAUUGAGAGGUGCUGGAAUUGAAGUUGUUGUUGGUGUUGAGGAAGAAUUGUGUAAGGGCCUCAAUGAGGGUUAUAUUCAUCACAUGUUGACCCAGAAGCCUCUGCUUACUUUGAGGCUAUUACAAGAAUAUGAUGCAGUUAUAUUAUCCUCUUCUUUAUUCCGUGAAACUUUAUCGGUCGACUCCGUACCUUCAUCUCAAGAACCUGGAGCCAAUCAACCCAUUCGGUUUAUAAUGCAUAGAGAUUCUGGUUCUGGUUCUUCAAAUCAAAUUCCAUUUAUAAUCGAUAACGUUACUGAUAAAAUGAUAAUCUUUACAGAUUGUAUAACAACAGCUCCCGAGGAGACUCAACAAGGAAUUAAAACUGUAUCUGUGGAUCAAAUAAAUCUUGAUGUGAUCUUGGAUUAUUGUAAUCGUCAAGGAUUGUGCAGUGUUCUGUUAGAUAUGAGAGGGAAUUUCAAUGAAUAUCAAGAGCUUGUUAAAGAGGAUAUUAGGAAGAAAGGUGACGAUGAAGCCAUCUCCGAACUCGACCACGAAAUCCGCACCAGGAUUCUCCGUGAGAAGUCUAACGCUGACAACACCCUUGCUGCCGCUGAACAAAAGGUCUCUGAAUUGGAGGCUCAAUUGGAGGGAUUGAGGUCUGCUCCUUCUCAGAAGGAUUUACUCGACAAAGAGAAGGAAAUGCUUUAA